AUGUCUUCCAUGAAGCCUAAUUCUAAUGAUUCUAACGAAGAAAGAACAAUGUUUAUAGAAAUACCUUCGUCAGAUGUACAAAGCACCAACACAAUAGCAGAUGAGGAGGAAAACUCUUCCGAUGAAUCAAUUUUACUACCCGACGAUACCGCUAAGAAGCAAACUGCGCUUGAUGCUGUUAUAACAAAGAUUGGAAUGGGAAAAUUUCAAAAACAAUUGUUGGUUCAAUCCGUUACAGGAUAUUACGAGGGUAUCGAACAAUUCAAUAACUCGUUUUGUUUUCUAGGUACUUUGUGGAUUAGGAUGUGGUUACAGGUAAUAUUUUUAUUUUCACGUGUCUGUCAUGUGCUUUCUUGUAUAAUGUUAUACAAAAACAUUUCUAAUCCUCCUUUGGUUGGGAAAUCUUUGAAAAUUAUGUCAAUUGAUUUAAAGUGUAUAGCUGUUAUAUUACCGAGAGUGCAAAGACAUUUUGAAUUGCCCGAUUCACUCAUCGGGGUAUUGUCAAGUUCCUUGUUUACUGGUAUGAUGUUUGGUGCCUUAUUCUGGGGUGUUCUUUCUGACACUCAUGGUCGUAAACAAGCAUUCAACUGGACUUUAGCUGUCACUACCGUUUUUGGUAUAUUUUCAAGCGUUGCACAAAGCUUUCCUCAAUUAUGUGCUAUGCUUUUCCUGUUGGGAUUUGGCGUGGGUGGAAAUAUGCCGGUCGAUGGUGCAUUGUUCCUCGAAUUUAUACCAAAAGAGCACCAAUACCUUCUCACUUUUAUGUCAGUGUUCUUCUCACUCGGUGCAGUGCUCAGUUCAGUUUUGGCAUACCUUAUUUUACCACAUAACAGUUGUCACGAAGGAACAGAAGGAACAGGCUUUGUACCAUGUGAUGUCUCUAAUGAAAACAACGGUUGGAGAUAUUUGCUGGCAAUUUUAGGAUUUUUGACGUUCUUCAUGCUCAUAUCCCGUAUUUUAUUUUUUCGACUUCAAGAAUCACCUAAAUAUUUAAUGUCACGUAACCGCAAACAUGAUGCCAUACUUGUGUUACGCAAGAUCGCAAAGAUUAAUGGUAAUGAUAUGCAGAUUCAUUCCAGUGACUUUCCAACAACUCCUGCUGCGAGUAAUUCAAAUUCUCGUAAUGGUUCAUUCACCGCUUUCCCUUUCCCGAAUGAAUCUCGGUAUCAUAAAGUCGAUUUUGUCUCGGAUCCAAUAGCAUAUAUCAAGUACCAUGUGUCAUCAAAUUUGAAUGCAGUCAGACCUUUAUUCAUAAGAAAAUGGUUCGUCACGACCGUUCUUGUAUGGGGUAUAUGGGCUCUGGUAUCUUUUGCUUACACUAUGUUUAACGUAUUCUUGCCAAAAUAUCUUGAGAGUUUGGGGUUAAGUAACGGUGAAAAAGAGACCGGUUCAUUGAUGCGUGACGUUUUAAAGGAUUAUGUUAUAUAUUCAUUAUGUGGAGUUCCCGGAUCCGUGGUUGGAUCAUGGUUAAUAGAAACUUUUCUUGGUCGUAUUGGAACCAUGUCAUUUGCAACGUUUGGUACUGCGUUAUCUGUGUUCCUUUUCUCGGCCGUUAAAUCGCAUUCUGGUGAAGUGAUCUCUUCAGCUAUGGUCAACUUCUUGGCCACACUGAAUUACGCAGUUAUAUAUGGAUAUACUCCGGAGGUUUUUGAGUCAAAAAUAAGGGGUACAGCUUGUGGAAUAGCAUCUGCUUUUGGAAGAGUUGCUGGUAUAAUUGCUCCAGUGAUAACAGGCAUUCUCCUUUCAAUUAGCAUAUCUGUGCCAUUAUACGUUUCUGCAUUAUUAUUUGCAAUAUCUGGUGUUUAUAAGUUUUUCAAUAUCCCUUCCAGUUCCAUUCCAAGUGGAAAAAACAAGAGAAAGCUUACGGCAAAUCCAAACAUUGAAGUGCUCAAAGCAGUGCGUCAAAAGACAAACCCCGAAGACGACGAAGAACCUUCUGAUUUUGUUACGGGAAAUACAAAUUUCAAAACUCCACAACCUAUUUUGUCGAAAAGUGCCCUUUCCACUUCUAGUUCUUCAAAAGGAAAGGGAAAAUCUGUACAAAUAUCCGAUGAAAAGAGAAUUCUAGAUUUAGUUGAUCAGACCGAUAUUGAAGAGCCAGAAAUAUUAGAUUUAACCGGAAUGCGUAAAAUGGUUAUAAAGUUUCAAAAAGCUUUAAGUAAAAAUCAAGAACUUCGCGUUAAAUAUCCUGAUGAUCCGACAAAGUUUAUGGAAUCAGAAACGGACCUUGAUCAAGAAAUCAAACACUUAUUAACUCUUACCGAAGUGCCUGAUCUAUAUUCUCAAGUAGUUGAAUUGGGAGCCGUAGCUUCUAUUGUGUCACUUUUAAGUCACGAAAAUACCGAUAUUACCAUAGAUGCGAUAGAACUAUUGAACGAAUUAACGGACGAAGAUGUUGUUGCGGAAAAUGACGAAAAUGCAAUGAAGAUUUUCAUUGAUUCAUUGCUUGAAAAUCAAGCGUUGGAACUUUUAGUUCAAAAUCUAGAUAGAUUAGAUGAAAAUGAAACUACUGAUAAGCAGGGAAUUUUCAAUACACUUGGCAUAAUUGAAAAUUUUACUUCAUUUGACCCCGCAAUAUCUGAGAGAGUUGUUCGCGACACGAAUUUACUACAAUGGAUACUUAAUAGAAUUAGAGUCAAAACAUUUGAUUCCAAUAAACAGUAUUGUAGUGAAUUGCUGGCGAUUUUAUUGCAAAACAGUCGAGUUAACAGGUUGAAACUUGGAGAGUUUGGUGGAAUUGACGUUUUGUUACAAGUGCUGAAUUCCUAUAAACGUAGAGAUCCAAAGGAUGCCGAUGAAACAGAAAUGAUGGAAAAUUUUUUCGAUGCGUUAUGUUUAGCAUUGGAAGAGUCAGAAAAUAAACAAAGAUUUCUGGAAGGCGAAGGUGUCGAACUGAUGUUAAUUAUGAUGAAAGAAAAAAUGAUGUCUCGCAUGCGUUCGUUAAAAGUAUUGGAUCAUGCAUUGUCAUCACCUGAUGGGUUGAAAAGCUGCGAACGUUUUGUAGAAAUAUUUGGGCUUAAGACGCUCUUUUCUACUUUUAUGCGUAAGGGUUUAAAAAAGCUCAAAAGAUCUUAUAAAGCGUUCUCCGAAGUCGAAGAAGAAGAACAUGUAAUGGGAAUAAUUGUUUCGUUAUUAAAAAGCCUUCCACGCGAUAGCGAAGCUCGAAUGCGACUGAUAAAUAAAUUUAUUGAAAAUGAUUACGAAAAAGUGGACAGAUUAUUGGAAAUGAGAGAAAGUUAUGAAGCUAAAGUGGCAAUCGUUAAUAAGGAGAUUGAAGAAGAAAAAGAGGAUUUAGAAGAUGAUGAUGGUGAAAUGGAAGAACAUUAUUUAAGACAGAGAUUGGAUGGAGGAUUGUUUACUUUACAGUACGUGGAUCUUACAAUUGCGUGGAUUUGUCACGAGGAGUCUACGAUCAAAGACCAUGUUCGAAUCCUUUUAAAUCGGACAGGACAUAGCUUAUCUAAUGUAAAGACUGUUUUAGAAGAGUAUUACAAAAACAUAGGCGAUGAUGAUCAGGUUAGGGCUGAAGCAAAUAACGAGGAUCAUGUUUCCAGUGAAAAAGUCAAUAAUUCGAUGGACGUAGACAACGAAUCAUUAAUUUUAACAAAGACAAGUGACACUUUAAAGGAGAGAGUAUUGAAAGAAAAGCAAAUAGUUGAAAUGUUGAUUGGUUCAUUAUAA